AUGUGGAUCCUCGACACAGAGGGAGAGUUUCUUGAAGGGAAACGCUUGUGGCUGCGGCCCGGAAAGAAGUACCUCUUUGGUCGUUUCAAGGCAGAUGGCGUUCGAGAAGCUGUUCCAAAUGAUUCAGUAUCCAGAAAGCAUUUGACGAUUGAAGUAUCGCAGGUUAAGGCCGGGGAUGGGUCGCGAACGAAGACAAGAUCCGAAAUCCUCGUUACCGACGAAAAAUCGAAAGCUGGCACAAUAGUCGAUGGCGAAAAAAUAAAAGGGAGCAGCAAGAAGUUGAGCGGUGUGGAGCAUAUAAUCUACCUGGGGAAGUCUGAGCAUCCGUUGCGCAUAAAAUGGGAACCGAAAGUCCUGAGUUUCUCCUUCUCCUCCAAAGAAAGCAAUAAAAACGCCCUUGCCCGCUUCCGCGACCGGCUCGAAGGCUACGAUAUCAAGACCAUCGAGGAUUACCUGAUCAAUGUGACAACCCAUGUUGUCCAAACGAAGCGAAACACCGCCAAAGGGCUACAAGCGUUAGUGAAUGGUACAUACAUUGUGGACUACUCUUUCGUUGAUGCCCUAGACUACGCGUCAACUCCGAGUGACCUGGACAGUCCGGAAAGCCUGUCUCCGCUAGAGGCUGACUUUGACGCCGCGUGGCCCAAUGCAAAUAAGUACCUCCCACCUCCGGGAAAAGAAGUCUUCGACGGCUCAGAUGAGUCAUUCGCGCCGAACCUCAACCGAAUUAAUGUCUUCGAAGACUAUAUCUUUGUUUUUUGCGACAAGUCACAGCACCAAAUUCUAAAGGAUCCCAUCACCAAUGGACACGGAAAAGCGUUAUACUUUGACGUGGAGGAGGGUGUUACUUCUCCAGACGAGGUUGUACAGUUCAUGAGAAACGCUGCAGGCGAGAAAGGCAUCGGGUCUCAGAGGAAUUAUGAAGGUGGAGUGGUGCUUGUACGGUUUAAGUCAAAAACUGGGAAUCAAGAUUGGGCCGUGCAGCUGGGUAACGAAGUUGCUCUUAUGACUGAUCAACGGGUCAUUCAGCAGAAUGAGUUUCUCAAUGCGAUUCUUGGAAACGAUGCCUCGAUCUUAUGUCGGCCACUACGCCAUGAGAUUGUUCCAUCAUCUGAACCUACACCCGCUCCACCAUCAAGUGAUACUGUGCAAGCCGUUGCUGAUUCCCAACCGUCUGAAGAAGUGAGUCAGCCCCCGAAGAAGGUCAAGAGUACUCGAGUGCGCAAGCUUGUCACCAAAAUGAAGGCGUUCGACGACGGCUUCGACAUCAAUUCUAUACCAGUCUAUACACAAGAGGCAGAUGGCCCUAUAGAGGAAAUGCAACCGAUGUCAAUAGACGCGCCAUCCGAGGAACCGUCCCAGCAGAUUGACAACUUCCAGGAGGAAGAGGACCUGGUCUCGAGUUUGCUCCCUGGAGCUACCGCAAUGAAACGCCGGUUGGGUGAUACCUCUCAGCGGCGCUUGGAUGAUUCCAGCACCCGUGACAAACCAGAGGAGGCUCCUAGGCCCAAGCGUCAAAAGCUGGAUGUCUUAGAGGCGGCCCGACAACACCGAGAGGCGGAAGAGGAUGCUGCUCGUCAGCGACGGCAACAAGAAGAGGAACUACUUCAGACCUCUUUACAAGAUGUGGAUGUCGAGAAACUAAGGGGACUCGCCAUUGUGGAGGAAAUGGAAGUCGCGAUCAAGCCAGUAGACCAAGGCAACGAUCGAUGGGAUGAGCGGUGGAAUGGACGAAAGAACUUCAAGAAAUUCAUUCGGAGACGCAACCGCGAUUCUGAUCAGCGACAACAGCAGCGUCUCCGUCUUCAGACUGUUAUCGUUCCAUUGGAGGAAGUGGCACGGAAGGACUUUGGUAUUGGAGAUCAUUACUGGGUGAGCAACAAUCGCUCCUCAGACCGGACCACCAGAGAAAGCCACGAAGACCGUGCGGUCAGCCAGGUCCCAGACAGUGAGCCAUCGCAGCCUCGAGCAGCUGCGCGAAAGGAGUCGCAAAAGACGACGACGCAGAGAAGCCAGAAACGAGUCCGUGAGGAGCGGGAUUCGGAUAGUGAUGACGAGCUUAAAUUUCGGUUUCGUCGCAGGCGAUGA